UUAUUUCGCCUGAGAAAAAAAAAACACAUCGUCUGGCCAUCGCCAAGAUCCUGCCGAGGUCCCAUGCAACGGAAAUACGGAAAUGUGGAAGAAAUCGCUUUACUUUGAAAAAAGAAUUUGCUUUACAUAAAUGUCGAAUACGUAGCGUGGCGGAGAACGGUUCAUCUCAAAGGCAUAGAAAGGAAGAGCGGACAUCAUUGCCUAAUCUUUGAUAACAGACCAGCGCACAAUAUUGUGAUGAACAGAGUGGGUCAUUUUGUGUUUGUCCUAUGUUUAUUCUCUCACUUCAUCCAGUCAUCGUCGUAUCGUUUUCAUCACUGGGAAUAAGCUAAAACGGUAAUCGGAGGAAAGGACAACGCAUUUGAUUGAAGCUUUAGUACGUCAUCCUCCGCGAUAACAGCACAAUGAUGCCUCGUGUGCACAUUUAAAACACGCACUGCACACCAAAGUCGAAGAUUAAAGACACAGGGGUAAAAUACAGGGCUUUUCAUGUUUACAACGACUGUCCAACGUCACAUUAUUUUUUUCGAAUCACCGUGGAGUUAAAAGAACAUUGUUUCCUAGGCCUGAAAAACGGGAGUGUCGUGACCAAUAACACAGUUCUAGCCAAGGCUACUGUAUUUACGGUUUGUGUGGUGCAGCUUUGAGUAUUUUUCAAUAUGCAUUUUGUUUUUUACUGAAUGCGUUAUUUGGGCACUUGAACCGCGCAUAUUUUGCACUAUCUUUUCGGAUACUCUCAGUUCCAUAUCAGCAAAAUGGGGAGCGACAGUGAAAUUUUCAACAGAGAGUUGUCAAAGAUGUCUGACGAGGACUUACUCGCCUGCUCAAAAGAGGAGCUAGUUAGCAGACUGCGUAAAGAGGAGACAGAUAAGAUGUCAGCUCUUAUACAGCGUGGUCGACUCAUCAAAGAGGUAAAUAAACAAUUGCAGGGGCAUCUUCUCGAAAUCAGGGAGCUGAAAGUCAUCAAUCAGCGCCUGCAAGAGGAAAACCAGGAGCUGCGUGAUUUGUGUUGUUUCCUGGACGAUGACCGGCUCAAGGUGAAGAAAUUGGCACGAGAAUGGCAACUAUUUGGCCAUCAUGCAGCAAAAGUAAUGCGGGAAGAUCUGGGUGGAUACCUGAAGAAACUCGCUGAUUUGGAGCGCAUGCAAGACGGGCUAGUCAAGGAAAACCUAGACCUGAAAGAACUUUGUUUGGUGCUUGAAGAAGAGUGUGUCAGCCGAAGUGACUCUAGUCCUGGAGGGUCCACCGAGCUGAAUCUACCGUGCAUGGUGGCCCGGGACUUAGGCGAUGGCAGCUCCAGCACCGGGAGUGUGGGGAGCCCGGACCAGCUCCACCUUGUUUGCUCACCUGAUGACUGAAGUACUCAAACGCCAUCUUUCAUCCUCACAACGCCCUAUCUCUGUGAAGAUGAAGUAAAACAAAACUGACGAGAAAUGUCUACGUUGAGAGAUAAGAUAGUUUACAGCUUGUACAUGUUUUUUGGCUCCACUGAGCUUUGUUGGAGUAGCCUGUUUUUUCCAUGGGGGACUUGGAUUGACCAUGAUGACAUGGUCCUCACUGAUCCUCUCAAAGCAGUCUUACCUUUUGAGACAGUGAAUCGACAACUGGAUUUCUAUGAAUCGGUGAUUUGAAGGUUAUCCUGAUAUUUUUACUGAGAGCUCAGGCCUUUUCCAUCUACUUGUUUGUUUUCUUUUUUUUUCCUGUGAACUGUUGUAAGAUUACCUUUUAUUCUAGAAGGAACUGUAUAUUGAAAUGAAAUGUACAUUUUAUCUAAAUAUAAUGGACUUUCCAUGCAAGGAAAAACCAAAUUGCUCACUUUGCCCAGGUUUUCAACACAUGCACUGGACUACAUGUCAAUGUGGGCUAAUUUUUUACUGCACUGCACUAGACAGGGCUGUGGGCGAAUCCUUUCACACGAUUCGCGUGUUAAUCCUGAUUUGAGCCAUAAUGAUCUAUUUUAGAUCAGAUCAAAAAUCACAGAGCUGAAGUGAAGGGCAAGUUAUGAACAAAAUCAUAUCACUGAAACCAGGUGGCAAUGCAGAGAGUUGAUGAGAUGGUAUUUAAAUGUGAGUGACUUAAAAACAGUUGGAAUCACUAAUCAGGUUCUGGAGGUGCUCUCAGUAUUACUCAGUAGGCCUAAUUGCACAUGUGGUUGCCUUGGUUGAACCAGGAGGGUAUGAUACACCUGACCCAGCUGUGUAACACCGAAAGUUAUAUUGCAGAAACGCCACCAAAUAAGACCAGACAAAUCUUCAGUGCUUUCAUGAUGAUUCCCACCAAAUGCUGGAGGACACCACUGCACAUAGCUGUAUAUUUUUGUUGAACUGGAUUUUCCCAAGACUGGAUUUUUGGCACAUGAUCCUAGGUUUAUACACUGGUAAUUUGGAAGAUUGAUAAAGUGACAUUUUCACAUGAUAUAUUAUUAUUAUUAUUAUUAUUAUUAUUAUUAUUAUUAUUAUUGCACAGAAUAAGUUUGGCUCACCAGUCAUUUGUUCUGUGUUAAUGUUGUCAAAAUGCUUUUAAAUACCAGUACCACUGGCAUGAUCAACAUCACUUCGGUGACAGCUAUUUUGUUGUUUGUUCUUUUUUUCCUUUUUAGCAUUAAUCUUAUUGCCUAGUAAUAUCAUUGUCUCUGGCUGUAACUGAUGGGCUAUGCUUGUAGUGUAUUGGAGAGCUUUAAAAUACACUGAUUGAGACACCCAA